CCCACCCUAUAGUCUGACCCCGAAGGCCUAGACUUCGACUCUGCUGGCCAAGACUACUUUUCCUCUGGCCAUGAGUUCGACUAUCUCUACCAAGAAUUGGACGUGGACUCUCUUCAUGAAGAAAUUCUUUCUCAGUCUAUGCCAGGCGCCAUGAUAGAGACCUCUGUGGCCACGUAUGAAUCCCACCAGACUGCCGAACCAGAGGAUCUCACAGAGGCGGAGAAAAAGGAGCUCAAAUCUGAGCUUGUUAAAUUGGAGGCAGAAAUUGUAACCCUACACUGUGCGCUGGCAGCCAAAGAGAGAUGCUGCGUGGAGCUCAAGAGGAAGUUUUACCUGACGGCCUUGGUGGGGCUGAGGCAGAAUCUGUCCAAGAGCUGGCACGAUGCUCAGGUCUCCAAAGCCUACAUGAAACAAAAGACGUCAGCUGCCCUGUCCACCAUGGGCUCUGCCAUCUGCAGGAAGCUUGGAGACAUGAAGAAAUCAGCCACAUUCAGAUCCUUUGAAGGUCUUAUGGGGACAAUCAAGUCCAGAGUCGCAGGUAGCAGACAGCUAGGCAGUGACUGCCUUCCUUCUUCAGCGGGGAGUGGGGAUGAUCCACUCCCAGUUUCCGGUAGUAGGGAUGAUCCGCUCCUGGUUUCAGGGAGUGGGAGUGAUCCAGUUCCGGGAAGUAGGGAUGACCUACUCCCCUUUCUGGAGCCAGAGUGA